AUGGCACCAAAGAACAACAAGUCCAUGACUGCUCGUUCCAACGCUGCUAAUGUCAAACCUGUUCAGGAAACUGCACAUGUUGCCACCAAUACUCACGCUAUUGGUCCUGUGACAAGGAGUAUGACGAGAACUUUCACCCAAAGUAGUAUGGAAGCUCCAUCGGCACCAACUCCUGUCUUCGGUUCAACAUCACCAAUGAGCUAUUCUUCCACGAUGGGAAUCCAAGACGUUCUUGCCUCGAUUGAGAGGGCUCUUGCCAUGCUCGAAUUUAGAUCCGAAUCCAAAUUUUCUAAGUAUGAUGAUGAUUCAUCAAGCACUGGAUCAGCCUCUUCACAUGAAACUCUUCAAUCAAGAUUUUCUAUUGAAAAUUUUGCUGCUUCUUCUGCUGUAAUGUGGAGAAGUCUGAGUCUUAACUGCAAGGACAGACUGUCUGAACCCUCUGCCAUAGAAAUGUGCAUCCGAGAAAUGUAUUGGAGCCUAAACUACAUUCUACAGGGUAUACGUCCAAACAUAUUUGAAGAAUUAGCUACUCGUGCUCAUGAUAUGGAGUUAAACAUCAUGGCCAAUGCAACUGAUGGGCUUCCUAUUCAAGCUCCGCGAGUGCAGCCGCCUCGUCAAAGCAAUGAAAGGCAAGAAAAUAAAAAAGGGGGCAAGCCUCCUUCAAGAUUCAACAAUAAGGAAUCUAUGGCAAUAAACACAGCUCCCAUGAAGAUUGCUACCAAGGAGCUUGAAAAAUCCGCAAUUGAAGACAUUAUUGAAGAUGACAAUGAAGGAUGGACUUUAGUCACUCGAAAGAGAACUUGCAAGCCAAAAAUAAAGAAUAUAGUUAAGAAGAUUGUUGCCGAUGAUAAACCUUUCACUGAGGCCGAGGCACACUUUGCCGACGCCAAAUUUUACCUUCAGAAAGAAGCAAAAAGAAAAGAAUUAGUAAAGGAAGAAAGUCAAGAUUUCAAAGUACCCAUUUUACGACUUGGCUCACAGCCGAAAAAUUUGAAACCGCCCGUCCGUGAAAGACUAGACAGUAAAAAACUAGAGUACCAAGUUGACAAGGAAGAAAGUCUUACUCCAAUAAAAAAGAACGGACCAAGAAAGCGAGUCUCCAGUUUCUUCAUGCACUAUGGAGACUUAUUCAAUUUAAGAAUUGAAACCAUUUUUGAAGAACAGUGUCAAGAAAGUAUGGCUUCCUGUCAUCAUAUUACAAUCAGUGAUCCCGAAGAAGAAGAAGAAGAUGCGAAUGACGCUCCCCCUGAACUUGAACAAGGGGUAAAAAAUACAGUCGAUGUGCUAAAGGAGAUUAACCUUGACACAAGCGACGAUCCUCGCCUAAUUUACAUAAGCUCUUAUAUGAUUCCUGAAGAAGAGAAAGAGUAUGUUGAUUUGCUGCUCGAGUUCAGGGACGUCUUUGCCUGGAAUUACUCAGAAAUGUCUGGUUUGGAUCCAAGGAUUGCCGUUCAUAAUUUGUCUAUCAAGCGAGAAACAAAACCUGUCAAGCAAACUCAAAGGCGCUUUCGGCCCGAAUUGAUUUCUCUAAUAGAAAAUGAGAUAAAUAGAUUGAUUGAAAUUGGGUUCAUACGGAAAGUGAAAUAUCUAACACGGAUUUCAAGCAUUGUCCCUGUGAGGAAGAAGAAUGGGCAAAUCCGAAUUUGUGUUGAUUUUCGAGACUUAAAUGAGGCUUGCCUCAAAGAUGAUUUUUCGCUCCCCAUCACAAAAUUGACGGUAGAUGCUACAACUGGGCAUGAAGCACUAUCUUUUCUCGAUGGGUCGUCUGACUACAAUCAAAUACUCAUGGCGCCCGAGGAUGAGGAGCUCACUGCCUUCCGCACCCCUAACGGAAUUUAUUGCUAUAAAGUGAUGCCGUUUGGCUUGAAAAACGCUGGAGCGACAUAUCAAAGGGCAAUGCAAAGAAUUUUUGAUGAUAUACUCCAUAGGAAUGUGGAGUGCUACGUUGAUGAUCUUGUGGUGAAAUCAAAUAAGCGAAAUGAUCAUAUUCAAGACCUUCGAAGAGUUUUUCAACGCUUUCGGAGAUACCAACUAAAGAUGAAUCCUUUGAAGUGUGCAUUCGGAGUCACUUCUGACAAGUUUCUCGAUUUCAUCGUUCAUCAACAAGGAAUAGAGGUCGAUCAAUCUAAAAUUGAUGCCAUUGUGAACAUGCAUGAACUGCGAAAUAUUCAUGAAUUGAAGAACCUUCAAGGGAAGUUGGCAUAUAUCCGGAGGUUUAUUUCUAAUUUGGCCAGACGAUGCCAACCCUUUAGUCGACUGAUGAAGAAAGGGGUGCCCUUCGAGUGGGAUGAAUCGUGUAGGAAUGCUUUUACAAGCACCAAAAUGUACCUCCUGAAUCCCCCAGUGUUGGCAGCGCCCAUUCCAGGAAAAUCAUUGAUUCUCUAUAUUUUCGCUCAAAAACGGUCGGUUGGGGCCUUACUUGCUCAAAAAAAUGAUGAAGGUAAGGAGAAUGCACUGUAUUACUUGAGUCGGAUGAUGACAUCUAAUGAGUUGAAUUACUCACCCAUUGAGAAGUUGUGUUUGGCUAUCAAAGGACAAAUAUUGGCAGACUUUUUAGCCGAUCAUCCCAUACCUGCCGAGUGGGAGUUGACUGAUGAACUGUCCGAUGAAGAAGUGUUUAUGAUCGAAUCCUCGUAG